AUGGAAGCAAACUCUACUUCAUCAACUAAUGCUACUGCAAAGAAUGCUAGACUGCGGAGAAAACUAAUAUUAGCUCAUAGGAGACGCAUGCGUAAAAAUUUGACCGGGAAACCACAAAUUGUCAUGGUACACCCAGUUUCAUCCCCCAUGCAUAACCAAAGACAUUCACAUGGGUGUGGUAGUUCAAUGGGUCCAACACAAUUAUCACCUGGGAAUUCUUUUACUACUGGCAUUGGAACAUCUGGGCAAUCUUCAAAUGCUGCUUCAGUUGCUAGAAAAAGGAGGAGAGACAUAUUGUCCAACAGGAACAAUGUUUCUAAUCACCCAAAUAAAGAAAAUUUCCCGAUCAGCAAACAAGCUGUUGUAAGAUCAACUCAAACACCAACAUCAUCUCACCGGCUCCCUCUUUCUGCCAACCUGUCUAACCAUAUUAACACUGCACCCUCCGAUACACAUUUACACCGACAAUUGCCGCCAAAAAGGAGGAAAACAAUUCCCACUGCUGCCAAUAAUCUGUUGGCAACUUUUAACCAAACCAUUCCCCAUACUACCAACACUCACCAUGCUUCUACUUCCAAUGCAUGCAACAACACACUCAAUGUAACACAGCGUAUUGACCGAGCGACUAAUUUCACCGAUGAUUCAGACUCUAACUCCGAAGAUGACGUGAACUUGGGAUAUUCUUCUUCUGAUGAUGAUCAAAGCAUUCCCAAUGAUGAUCAUGUGGACUCACUUUUAGAACAUAUUCUCUGUACAGAAUAUUCAGACAUAGGAGAUCGAGUUUGGGACUGCCCAUUUUGUCAUGCCUCCAUGUGGUAUCAGGAACGCAAAGACAAAUCAAGGCAUACAACUGUUCCUAAGUUCCACCGGUGUUGUAGGAGUGGAAAAGUUGUAUUGCCCUUACUUCAACAGCCCCCCCAACUGCUGCAGCAUCUUUUGCAUAGUGGAACAAGUCCAGAGAGUAAAAACUACCAGAGCAACCUUCGCACUUACAACGCCAUGUUUUCAUUUACUUCUCCUGGUAUGAAAUUUGACAACAGCGUUGCUGAUGGAGGAGGACCACCUACUUUACGCCUGCACGGUCAAACAUGUCAUCGAAUUGGGACGUUGAUGCCGGAUGCUGGAAAUGAUCCCCAAUAUGCUCAACUAUAUAUUUUUGACACCGAUAACGAAGUCACUAACAGAAUGAAAUGUUUCAAGGACAAUGAUGCUCUCAGCAGGGAUAUUGUUCGUGAUUUAAAGGAUAUGUUGGACGAAUUCAAUCCUCAUGCAAAGGCAUUUCGAAUGGCAAGAGAUCUUUUGAGAGGAAAUGCAUUCUUAGACUUGAAGAUACGAUUGAUCAGUGAUAGGGCUGAAGAUGGUCGUGUGUACAAUACGCCAACUGUGUCAGAAGUGGCUGCUCUGAUUGUUGGAGAUAUCGAUCCUACAACACCGAGAGACAUCAUCAUCCAUGCACGCGAUGGCCAUUUGCAACAAAUAACUGAAUUUCAUCCUGCCUACUUAGCCUACCAAUACCCUCUCAUUUUUGUUUAUGGGGAGGAUGGAUAUAGGAAAAAUAUACUGCACAGGUAUGAGCAUGAGUCUGAGGUUACUAGGAAAAAUCGUCAAUCCAUCAAAGAUUGGCUGUGUUUCCGGUUGCAGGAACGUAAAUCAGAGGCAAUGACGUUGCUUCACUCAAGACGGCUUUUUCAACAAUUUUUGGUUGAUGGAUUUGCUAUGAUGGAGUCUGAACGUCUCAAUUGGUUGAGGACCAACCAAUCCAAGUUACGAGUUGGAAAGUAUAAUCAAUUGAACGAUCAAACCAAUGGCACUCAGGAGAAUUCAGCACCAAAGCGAGGAAAAAGGGUGGUUUUGCCAUCCACUUUUGUUGGAAGCAAGAGGUACAUGGAUCAGUUAUAUUUUGAUGGAAUGGCCAUUUCAAGUCAAUUAGGAUUCCCAGAUUUGUUUGUUACGUUUACUUGCAAUCCUGCUUGGCCGGAGAUAGAACGCGCUUUGUCGGGCACUGACUUAAAGCCACAUGAUAGACCUGAUCUCAUAACCAAAGUAUUCAAAAUAAAGUUUGACGAGCUCAUGACUGAUAUAACGAAACGCCACGUGCUUGGCAAGGUUAUUGCAUGGAUGUACACAAUUGAGUUUCAGAAACGAGGAUUGCCACAUGCUCACAUAUUGAUUUUUUUACACCCUCAGAAUAAAUAUCCAACACCAGCUGAUAUAGAUAAAAUCAUAUCUGCAGAAAUUCCUGACCCAGAGCGCGGAUGA